CUUGUGGGAAUGAGUUGCCAACCUUUUACUUCGGCUGAUACGUUUAUACCUCUGAAUUCCGAGUCUUCUGCAACUCUGCCGCUGAUAAUGCAUCCCAGCGCUGCCGCCGAGUGCCUACCGGUCUCCAACCACGCUACCAAUGUGAUGUCCUCAGUCCCGUCUGUUUUGUCUUUGAUCCAAACUUCUAAAUGUUUGCGUACAUAUUUCUCGGUGACAAUGUUGGGAAACACAGCAACUGGACUUCAUUAUUCUGUUCCUUCCUGUCAUUAUGGAAACCAACCAUCAACCUAUGGAGUGAUGGCAGGCAGCUUAACCCCUUGUCUCUAUAAGUUUCCUGACCACACCCUGAGCCACGGCUUUCCUGCCAUGCACCAGUCCCUCCUGACAGAGGACCCCACAGCCUCUGAUUUCAAGCAGGAACUCAGGCGGAAAAGUAAAUUGGUUGAAGAGCCCAUAGACAUGGAUUCUCCGGAAAUUCGAGAACUUGAAAAGUUUGCCAAUGAAUUUAAAGUGAGAAGAAUCAAGUUAGGAUACACCCAAACAAAUGUUGGGGAGGCCCUGGCAGCUGUGCAUGGCUCUGAGUUCAGUCAAACAACUAUCUGCCGAUUUGAAAACCUGCAGCUCAGCUUCAAAAAUGCAUGCAAACUGAAAGCAAUAUUAUCCAAAUGGCUGGAGGAGGCGGAACAAGUGGGAGCUUUGUACAGUGAAAAAGUGGGAGUCAAUGAGAGGAAAAGGAAACGCAGAACAACUAUAAGUAUCACUGCAAAAGGGGCUCUGGAGAGACACUUUGGAGAGCAGAGUAAACCCUCAUCUCAAGAGAUCAUGAGGAUGGCUGAAGAACUGAAUCUUGAGAAAGAAGUAGUAAGAGUUUGGUUUUGCAACCGAAGGCAGCGAGAAAAACGGGUGAAAACAAGUUUGAAUCAGAGCUUAUUUACGAUUCCCAAGGAAAAUCUUGACUGCAGAUAA